UCUCUUUUAGUUUUUCAUUUAAAGAUAUAUAAAUCCACGAGUCGCCCGUUGUUCAUUUCACAGCAAUCGCCGACGGCAACCCGGGAAACCUCUCCCGCCGGCAAAGUCCCCGUAAACAACACCGGGAGUCUCAGCUUCCUCUCUACAUAGCAACUAUUCGCUCUACAAAAUGCGGUCCAAGGACAAAAUCUCCUACUUCUACGACGGCGAUGUCGGAAGCGUGUACUUCGGUCCGAACCAUCCAAUGAAGCCGCACAGGUUGUGUAUGACUCAUCAUCUGGUUUUAGCCUAUGGUCUUCACAACAAGAUGGAAGUCUAUAGGCCUCAUAAAGCAUACCCAGUGGAGCUAGCGCAGUUUCAUUCAGCUGAUUAUGUUGAGUUCUUGAACCGGAUUACCCCUGAUACCCAGCACUUGUUCCCUAGUGAAAUGGCUAGAUAUAAUCUUGGAGAAGAUUGCCCUGUAUUUGACAACUUAUUCGAGUUUUGCCAAAUUUAUGCUGGUGGAACAAUAGAUGCUGCACGCAGGUUGAAUAAUCAGCUUUGUGACAUUGCUAUAAAUUGGGCUGGUGGAUUGCAUCAUGCCAAGAAAUGUGCUGCUUCAGGAUUUUGCUACAUAAAUGACCUAGUUCUGGGAAUAUUGGAGCUACUGAAGUAUCAUGCGAGGGUGCUGUAUAUUGAUAUUGAUGUGCAUCACGGUGAUGGUGUAGAAGAGGCCUUUUAUUUCACAGACAGGGUUAUGACAGUUAGUUUCCACAAGUAUGGAGAUAAGUUCUUUCCUGGAACUGGUGAUAUGAAGGAUACAGGGGAAAGAGAUGGAAGAUUCUAUUCCAUAAAUGUGCCUCUCAAGGAUGGAAUAGAUGAUGCCAUCUUCACUCGACUCUUCAAAACAAUUAUAGCAAAGGUUGUGGAAACAUAUUCACCUGGUGCGAUAGUUCUGCAAUGUGGGGCAGAUUCACUAGCUGGUGACCGUCUGGGCUGCUUCAACCUCUCCAUUGAUGGGCAUGCUGAAUGCGUAAGGUUUGUGAAGAAAUUUAAUUUGCCGUUGCUGGUAACUGGAGGUGGGGGAUACACAAAAGAGAACGUUGCCCGAUGUUGGGCACUGGAAACUGGAGUUCUUUUAGACACAGAACUUCCUAAUGAAAUUCCAGAUAAUGAUUACAUCAAAUAUUUUGGCCCUGAUUAUUCAUUAAAGCUUCCUGGCGGGCACAUAGAGAACUUGAAUAGCAAAUCAUACAUUGGCACCAUAAAAAUGCAAGUUAUGGAAAAUCUUCGUUGCAUCCAGCAUGCUCCUGGUGUACAAAUGCAAGAAGUACCACCCGACUUCUAUAUUCCUGAUUUUGAUGAAGAUGACCAAAAUCCAGACGAGCGUGUGGAUCAGCACACCCAAGAUAAGCAUAUCCAGCGUGACGAUGAAUAUUAUGAAGGCGACCAUGACAAUGAUAACCACAUGGAUGAUGCUUAAACACUAGAGUAUGAUGUAGUUAGGUUCGCCUAUGUGUUUAUUGUUUUGUCUAUUAUAGAAAAGGCAAUACAGAACUUUAGUUUAUUGCCUCAUGUUAAUUCUGCAUUCAAAUACCCCCUAAUGUAAAAUAUACUGGAUGUGAUAGGAUUUUAAUUGUAUCGUUGCAGCUAUAGUCUUUGUUGGGUUUAGAUCGUCAAUGGAGGUAUAUGUUUUUACCUCCAUUUUAGAGGCUGUCUUGAACGAGUAAACGGUGUUAUGGGCAUGGUAAGUUGUCAAUAUGCAGUACUUCCAUUAUCUCCUUGAAGGAUUAUGGUUUGCUUCAGGAUACUUCUUUCACGAUCUGAUUAAAAAUGAGAAGUGAUUUUCUGCCUGCAGUUUAA